UGCUCUCUCUCUCUCUCUCUCUCUCUCUCUCUACAUUUUGCAGAGACAACGGAAAAAAAAAGUCCAUCCAUGGUUGAAAUACGCGGCGUAGCGGCGACGAGCCUCGACGACAUGGUUUUCGAAUAUCUAGAAUACGGCGAGGAGUCGUCGCCGGAGAGUAGGUUCAUCUCCGGCGACGAUUGCUACGACGACGACGGAGAGGAGGAGCGGAGUAGUUUCGAUGUCGAAGAGAGCAAGGCGUUUUGGGAUGAGCAAAAGAAACUCCUCCAGGGAUUAUUGUACAGAACGAAUUCGAUCGAAUCGAAGAUUCGACAAGCAACGAAGGAGGUCUUGAAGGACGCGAAAAAUUCCCAAUGCGGAUGCGCGAGAUUCGCGGCGGCGGUGGCGGGCGGCGGUUGCUGGAGCUGCUUGCGGAGAGAGGUUUGCAAUCGGCUGAUCAAUCUCGGCUACGAUUGCGCGAUCUGCAAGUCAAAGUGGCGGAGCUCGUCUAGUAUUCCGUCAGGGGAACACAGUUAUCUGGAGGUUGUGGAUCGAUCGAGUGCGAAGAGAGGGGAAACGAGAGUCGUGAUCGAGCUGAACUUCCGAGCGGAGUUUGAGAUGUCUAGGGCAAGCGAGGAGUACAACUUGUUGAUCGGACAAUUGCCGGAGGUUUUCGUCGGAAAAGCGGAGAGACUGAGAGGGAUGAUAAAGAUCCUGUGCUCGGCGGCGAAGAAGUGCAUGAAGGAGAAGAACAUGCACUUAGGGCCGUGGAGAAAGCACAAGUACAUGCAGGCCAAGUGGCUCGGCAGGUGCGACAGGUCGGCGGCGGCGCCGUUACCAGUCGGGAACUCUGGUCGGACGGCGAAGUCAAAGGCCUCCAUGUUGACCUUUGAUCUCUUGGAGGCUAUGCCCAUCCCUGGUCUGCGUCGCACCGCUGUUGAAGUUAGUGUGAUUUAAUUAUUGAGAAAUAUUGAAGAAAGAGAAAUUUUGCCCACUUUUGGUUUUUUUUUUUUUUUUUUUUUUUUUUUCUUUAAA